CUCCCAUCGGUGUGUGCCCAUUGGGGUCCUCUUACCCUGCCAUGGACUCUGUAGGCGCGCAGAGCAGCACUUCCGGGGCCAGGGCUGUCCCUGAAGGUCAAUUGCCCGGUCCUGUUUCCGCUCCGGCCCAGCGGAAGCGAGCCAUCCCUCGCAGUGCGACUGCCGGGACGAUUGGCCCCCGGCGCACGCCUCGGGCCUGCGUGUCUUGUCGAGAGAAGAAGAGCAAAUGCGAUGGCGUCAGGCCAAAAUGCAAGCUCUGCGCGCAGACCAGUACCGUCUGCUCCUACGUUCGGUCCAAACGGGAGACCCAGCAGUGGCAGCUGCAGUCGUUGCGCCGGAGGAUUGACACCUACGAGGAUUUACUUCGGGAGAUCCUCUCCCACAGCAAUGCCGAAGAUCGCCGAUCCAUCGAGGAUGUCGUUGAGCGACGAUUUCCUGAGGCUCCCGAUGCGUUCGCCACGCUACUCACCACGGGCUCCCUUCCGGAUCAGCACGUGUCGAUGCCGUACCCCGGACUCUCGCUGCGUCGAAUGCAAAUGGCAUUGGCCUCCCAGAGGGAUGCCACGAAGAUCCAGCUGCUUCGCAAAGACCCCACGGUACGCGAGAGCCAGAUUCAAGCCUGGACCUCGCUGGUCGACAACGAGGUGGCGAGCCAUCUCUUUUCUCUGUACUUCACCUGGGAGAAUCCGACCUGGCACCUGAUCGAUCUGGACGUAUUCGUCCAUGACCUCGAGCGCGGUCGCACGCGCUUCUGCUCUUCUCUGUUGGUCCAUUUACUUCUCUUUUUCGGCUGUAGCUUCUCCUACAACCUGACUCGGAUCACGAAUCGCCGCGACGAAAAGAGCCUCGGAGAAAAGCUGUACGCGGAGAUCCAGCGUCUCUGGCUUCUGGAGCGUGAUAUCGUCGCCCUUCCGACCGCGCAGUCCGGCAUCAUGAUUGGCCUUCUCUGCUGCACGUUCGGCAUCGAUCGACUGGGGACGAGAUAUAUCAUGCACGGGGCCGAGCUCGCUCGUCGGCUCGACCUUCACGAGGAGUCCUCGACGUAUUUCCAAGUCCAGCCGGGCGAUGAUUCCAUCGCAAUCGAGAAGGCCCAUAAAAUGCUCGCAUGGGCAAUCUUCGAUGUUCAGGCCUUGGCUUCCCAGGUCUACAGAAAGACUCCCGCUUGGCCGCAGCCGCCAUUGGUGAGAUUGUUGCAAGUAGAGGCCAUGGUGCUCGACGAGGGGAGAGAAUGGUGCCCCUAUCCUUUCCGCACUCCGACCCAUAUCCCCUUCUUCUACACGGCGGCCUGGAUCCGCAACGAGCUGGUGGCCGUGGUGAACGAGAUCGCUUCGUUUGCCCUCACCUUUCCCGACGCGGCUCGGCGCGACGACGUCUGGGAUUACGGCUACGUUCUCUAUUAUAGGCUCGUCCACUGGAGGGCUCACUUGCCAUGGACUGUCAUGCCCCGGCACAAUACCACCCCUCAUGUCCUUUGCCUGCACUUCUACUAUCAAGCGACUCUCGUAUCCUUGUGUGGGAUUUACCUCACCAACUUUGAUGCCGUCCCCCAGGAUGCUCGAUGGGACCCACUGGCCGUGAAGGAUCAAGCUAUGAAUACCAUCGGGUCGCUCGUUCUCCUCUACCGACACAGCCACGGGUGGAAAUCGGUGCCCAUCGUCAUGCUGCAUUAUUUUUGCCUGGCAGGAGUCGACGCCAUCUCGAAGCUUCAUCCCCGAGAACCUAAAUGGGCUCUUGUUCUAGAGAGCUGCGUCGUAGGGCUGUGGCACCUGAGUCUAGGUUGGGGCCGACUCUGCACGGCAUUCCUUCGCACGAUCGAGCUCGUCAUGAAAGCCACCAAGCCCGACCCGUCCCUCGUUCCGCCCAAAGUGUCCGCCAUCUUUCAACAGUUGAGCAGCAGUCGGUGGAGUGCCAAGGAUGUCUCCUCGCUGGCCGCCGACUACAUGGUGCACCACAUCCCCAAUGGCGUGGGAACGUCGGCCAGUGCCAAUGCCGGUCCUCGCGCCCAAACCCUGGAAAGCCUCAUCUUGUCGCUGGAAGGCCUGUCUAUGCAGUGAUUGCUGAUAUCUUGUAUCUGAUUGAUAUAAACAUUGCUAGUCUACCGUGGGUUUAUUAACAUCUGCAGUGUCUGUUUUAUG